GAGCUACAUAACGUGUCAACGCUUAUGGCAGAUGGCUUGAUAUUUAAAGAGUGACCCAUUAGUCGUUUACUUACCGAUGUCGCGUAUCGUGCUUUCGGCAGUGACUGGGCUGCCGGCUAGUGUGCUUUUGGACGCGCUCUUGCCGUUUUGCUCAGCGGCGAUCGUUGGCCAUGCACGACAAGCUGCCCCUUAUGGUCUGGCUCCAGUCGGUUCUUGCUUUGCAUCGACCUCAGCGUCCGCAUCAACGACAACUGCCCGCAUCCUAGCACCCUUCGCCGACCGGCUACCUGACCGUUUACACCCAGACGACCUGAAGUACCUCUUGAAGCACCUAGAGGAUGUGCCGCCGCCAAACCAAGGCAUGAACUCUGAAAACGAUGCCGACGACUCCCAGUCAAAGUCCACGUCAGGGGUGGACGGACACACAACCUCGCACCCGGGGCGUCACCACCACCGCAGCUUCCAUUCCAAAAGCCACGGCGACGGUAGCAGCAGCGGCAGCAGCACCAACAGCGGCAAGCCGGACGGCAGCGCCAAAAGCGCAGGCGCAGGAGCUAGCAGCGGCAGCAAGCGGAGCAAGAGCGAUGCAUCCGGCAAAGCUGAUCACGAGUACGACCACCUGCACAACAUCGUGUUCGAGCGCCUGCGACCGCACAGCACAUCGCACUUCCACAGCAGCCACAUGCAUGGCGCCCACCACCACCACCACCAACAACAACAACAACAACGGAGCCAUAAGGCCCAACAGUCGGAGGGAAUGUCCGGCAACAACAGCUCAGCAAGCUUCGCAGGCGGUGACAGCCGCAGUCGCAAGGAACGACGUCGUAGAGAAGAUACCUGGUUUGUAGAUGAGGAGGCGGAGGAGGCAGCGCGCUGGAAGAGCAAUCGUCGCGCGCGCCGAGGCGAGGGUGGUUGGGAAGCCGCCGCUGAGGAUGAGCGCUAUCCGCACCCGCACCUAGGCCGCGACCCGCGCCACCACCACCACAGCCAACAGCACUCGCACCAACACCAACAUCAACACCCCCGGCAGCAUGCUUCGUCCGCUUCCUCGUCCGCUUCCUCCUCAGGGCAUCAACGUACGGCAUCAUCCUCACGUGAGGACCGAAACCGCGAGCGGGAGCGGGAGCGGACAAGUCGCGACGGCAAGCAGGGGGCCCGGCAGGGGCGUGAGGCCGGGGAGGAACGGCGGCAGCAGCAGCAGCAAGCGCGGGGUCGUCGAGGCGUGGAGUGGUUCCAACGGCGCUGGCCGGGACACUACGUGGACUAUGAGGAGUAUGCGGAGUUCGUUUCGGAGGCGGAGACGGGCCGGGGAGGGAGUGGGCGGCGGGGGCGCGGCAAGGGCAAGCACUACAGCUCGGCGUUUGAGGAUGAACGGGAAUGGUUUUCUCAGUUCUGGGCCGACGACGGCGCCUCCUCCGGCGGCAGCAACGCCAGCAGCGGUACCGCUGGCGGCGGCUUCUCAGGCUCCUCCGGCGCUGAGCACUUCACCGCCAACUGGUGGCAGCGCUUCCAGGCUAAAGCAGGCAGCGCCGGCGCCUCCUCCUCCUCCUCCUCCAGCAAAACACAACAGCAGCAGUACUGGCAGCAACACCACCAAUACCAAUACCAACACCAGCAGCACCGGCACCCUCCGGAGCUCCGUCCGCACAUGCUGGUGCUGGGAUUGGACCUGUCCGCAGCACUGGACGCGACUGCCGUGAAGGCCGCCUUCCGCGCGCGAGCCAAGGAGACGCACCCGGACCUGCACCCCGCAGGCGACGCGGCGGGCAAGGCGGCUGCGGAGGAGCGGUUCAAGGAGGUGCAGCGGGCGUACCAGGAGCUGAGCAGGG